AGAAGAAGAAGUCCAGUCGAGUAAAGAUGGCGGAGCUCUGUGAUUACGGAACAGAGAUGUUGCAUUAGAGUCUAGUUUAGAGCCCGGUGGUGCUGCUGUGUUUCUGCCGGUGGGUGACAGGAUGGCGCACCGCUACCUGCGGCUGUCAGCCGGCUGUAGGAACACUUUCCGGCGGCUGCUGCCCUCCAACGCUCCGGCCAGGCUGGUGUCGUGUACGACCAUGGCGGAGGUGGUGAGGGGGCGGAGCCUGCUGAGUGACCUGCUGGGAGAGUACCGGAGGCUGAGCUCCAGACCACCCAAAGGUUUUGAGAAAUAUUUUCCAGAAGGUCAGAAAACCCCAAAAAACACGGAAGCUGAGGCAGCAACCAAAGAAGCCAAACCUGCCGAUGCUCAGAAAGCUUCUGGAGGAGGAGGAGGAGGAGGAGGAGGAGGAGGUGGUGAAGGAGGAAGAGGAGGUGAAGGAGGAAGAGGAGGAAAACGAGGAGGGCGUAGGGAAGAUUCCCACUGGUACACCCGUCUGCAGAAGGGAGAUGUCCCCUGGGACGAUAAGGAGUUCAGGAUGUACCUGCUGAGCGGAGCAGCUUUCUGGACCACCGUCACAUAUUACCUCUUCUUCAGGGACGGAGGACGAGAAGUCACCUGGAAGGACUUCGUCAACAACUACCUGACCAGAGGAGUGUUGAGGAACGGCCCGGGCACAGCGAGGUCCGAUCAACAGAGAGACAGCCGAGGCAGGAGGCCCGCCCGAGCGUACGACGCCAGCCCCAGGCACAUGUGCCUGGUCGGACAGCCCGGUGUGUCGGGGGGAAAGAGAAGGCGGGGGGAGGCCAAGCGUGGCACAGAUGGAGACGGCGGAAGGAAUGCAAGCCAAAAAGUGAAGGAAACAGUGAGCCCCAGCCAGACGUUCCUACUGAGCAUGCUCCCCACGGUGCUGAUCAUUGGCUUCCUGCUGGUGAUGCUGCGUCGCGGGGGGGCGGGGCCUGGGGGGCGGCCCGGCCGCGGCAUGGGGGGGCUGUUCAGCGUCUCCGAGACGACGGCGAAGAUCCUGAAGGACGAGAUAGACGUGAAGUUCAAAGACGUGGCGGGCUGCGAGGAGGCCAAGAUGGAGAUCAUGGAGUUCGUCAACUUCCUGAAGAACCCCAAACAGUACCAGGACCUGGGGGCCAAGAUACCCAAGGGAGCUAUCCUGACUGGUCCUCCAGGAACAGGAAAGACUCUUCUGGCCAAAGCGACGGCCGGCGAGGCCGACGUGCCGUUCAUCACCGUCAACGGCUCAGAGUUCCUGGAGAUGUUCGUAGGAGUCGGUCCUGCUAGGGUGAGGGACCUGUUCGUCAUGGCGAGGAAGAACGCUCCCUGCAUCCUCUUCAUCGACGAGAUCGACGCCGUCGGACGCAAACGAGGACGAGGAAACUUCGGAGGGCAGAGCGAGCAGGAGAACACGCUGAACCAGCUGCUGGUGGAGAUGGACGGGUUCAACACGGCCACCAACGUGGUCGUUCUGGCGGGAACCAACCGGCCGGACAUCCUGGACCCGGCGCUGAUGAGACCGGGACGCUUCGACAGGCAGAUUUAUAUCGGUCCUCCGGACAUCAAAGGCCGAGCGUCCAUCUUUAAAGUCCACCUGCGUCCUCUGAAGCUGGAGACGGAGCUGGACAAAGACGCUCUGGCCAGGAAGAUGGCCGCCCUCACACCUGGCUUCUCAGGUACACAUCUUGCUAACGUCUGCAACGAGGCGGCUCUGAUCGCCGCUCGCCACCUUUCAGACGCCAUCAACCAGAAACACUUUGAACAGGCCAUCGAGAGAGUCAUCGGGGGUCUGGAGAAGAAGACCCAGGUGCUGCAGCCGGAGGAGAAGAAGACCGUGGCGUACCACGAGGCCGGCCACGCCGUCGCCGGCUGGUUCCUGGAGCACGCUGACCCGCUGCUGAAGGUCUCACUUCCUGUCUGACU